AUGGCAGCCUAUGAGCUAUGUUGCGAUAUGAUUGAUGUUACUAUCGACAUAUCUGGAAUCUAUGGCGCCAAGGAGAAAGAUGGUGAAGUGAUAAGCCCUUUUGACGAUAACUCAUAUGCUGUCAUCCGACUCAAAACUGACCAGGUAAUGUUCCUUCGUCAACUGAAUAAGCAUCUGGCGCUUGUCUGUGUUAUACGUGGCGAGAACUUUGAGAAGCAAGGAUUGAUCGACUAUAACUUUAACUGUUUUAAAGAGGUGAGCUCAUUGCGGAGAACUGUGCCUUAUCUUAAUGAGUGUACUGCCUUGUCCAUUUGUGAUCGUGUGAUUAUUCAGGGUAUUGAGAAAGUGUUCAUGGUACGGAAGCAGAUUCAAGAAGAGUCGAAACAUUCCUUGUAG